AUGGCUCUGGAUCGCAUGAAUCCAGGCGAGCAGGAAUUCUUACAGAAUCUCAGCUCCACUGAAGAUUGGUUCACCAUCGAAAACACCUCGUAUCAGGCAUCAUCGGGUACGUCAUCACUUUGGCUCACGGACGACCUGUCCGUAUCGUGUAACUUCACGGACUCAAAUAUAUUCUUCGUUUUGGAACCGUCUAUCGAAGCUCAAAGCGAGCUCGGUCCUUCUCCUACGGCCAGGCAGACAAAUUUCACGAGUGCUACGCCACCAGCAGAACCCCACAGUUUGACGGCUCUUUCAUAUGAUGAGUCACCCAGCAUCAUCACUAGUAGCGAAACUUCUCUCAUCUGGAUGCCUGAGAACAAUGUUGUGUCGCCAACUUUGCCGGGUGCUUCACGUCAAACUCGGCAGGUUAAGAAGGGGCUGGCUUCAGUACCGAACGCAUCCCGCAAGCGUGGUCGACCACGGAAAGAUUGCCCAUCACCUGAGACUUUUAGUCCAAUUGCACGACGCAAUUCAGACGGGACGAGAAGGAUUCCUCACAACGAGGUUGAACGGAAAUAUCGCGAAGGCCUCAAUGCGUCAUUUCGAAAACUGCAAUGUGCAGUGCCUUCGAUUUCCCAGCUAUCAGACGCAAUUAUUGGCACAGCACGGCCGAGCAAAGCUGUUGUUAUUGAUAGCGCCAUCGAAUACAUCCACCGGCUCGAAAAGGAACGUGACAAGGCACGCUCUCUCCUAGAAAGAUUUAGGAAAUGCAGCUCUUGCACAAGCGAGGAUGGAUUUUCCACAUAG